AAUUAAUUAAUUAACUAAUCAAGGAAGGUAUAGGUAGAAAAAAUCGGUGAGCAAGUUUUGUUUUCAUUAAACACAUUUCUUUCUCUUUUCGAGUUUUGUGAGUGUUUUUCCUUAUCAUCUUCUCCUCAUCUCCGUUAUCUCAAGUCUCAACUAAUCACAUUUACUACACACCAUCGGCACUAUUCACAUCUCCUCUCUUCUCUUCCCUGUAUUAACUUUUCCUGUCAAAUUCCCAACGACCCUCUUCCCACAUUCAUUUAUUAUAGUGGUGGUACUCUCACAUGGCAGUAGUCAUUACAUCCUCCUCCCAGCAAAGAAAACAACAACAAAAAACUUACAUAUACUAUUCCCCCUAUAGCUUGUAGAUCUUACACCACAAUGAAGAAAAACCUAGCAACAGAAACUUAACAACAUUUCUAUCUUCUAGUCUUUGUUUUCAUUCUUUAUUUUUCUUCCUUCUUCUCUAUAAAAAUCUUCAUCUUCUUCUCUUCAUUCUAUACCACUAGCCAUCUCUAGCUAGAUAUCUAGAUCUCUCCUGCAGUGACCACAUCUCAGAAACAACAUUAUUGCAUAAAGUUAUAAAAAGUUACAGUACUUCAAGCAACAAUCACAAGAUUCACAACAGCAAGAUCAUAAUCUAUCUCAUCCAUGGAUACUUCUACUAUGUUCUUAAUCUUCUCUACUUCAUUCAUAAUAGUGAUAGUUUCUUACACAAUUUGGUUCAAUCUAAUCAAACGUUCGUUAAAGGGUCCAAGAGUAUGGCCAUUGUUGGGAAGCUUACCAGGUUUAAUAGAAAACCAUGAUCGUUUACAUGAUUGGAUUACUGAGAAUCUACGUAAAUGUGGUGGUACAUAUCAAACAUGCAUCUGCGCAGUGCCGUUUUUAGCUCGGAAACAAGGAUUAGUAACGGUUACAAGCGAUCCGAAGAAUAUAGAACAUAUUUUGAAGAGCCGGUUUGAGAAUUAUCCAAAGGGACCAACUUGGCAAUCUGUGUUUCAUGAUCUACUUGGUGAAGGUAUUUUCAAUUCAGAUGGUGAUACAUGGUUAUUUCAAAGGAAAACAGCUGCAUUAGAGUUCACUACACGUACACUUCGACAAGCUAUGGCUCGAUGGCUUAAUCAGACUAUCAAAUUUGGGUUCUGUCCGAUUCUUAAAACCGCUCAGCUCGAAUGUAAACCCGUCGAUCUUCAAGAUCUUCUUCUCCGGCUAACAUUUGAUAAUAUCUGCGGGCUUAUAGUCGGAAGAGAUCCGCAAACAUUAUCGGCCGGGUUACCGGAGAAUCGUUUUGCUACGGCGUUCGAUCGAGCUACUGAAGCCACACUUCAGCGUUUUGUGUUACCUAAAGUUGUUUGGCAGCUAAGGAAAUGGCUCCGGCUCGGAAUGGAAGUCACAUUGAGUCAAAGCCUUGACCACAUCGACGAAUAUCUAUCCAACGUCAUCAAGACACGUAAGCUGGAAUUGCUGAGUAAGCCAGGCAGUGGGGCCACAGCUCAACAUGACGAUUUGCUAUCAAGGUUUAUGAAGAAGAAAGAAUCCUACUCAGAGUCAUUCCUCCAACACGUGGCACUCAAUUUCAUCCUAGCUGGACGUGACACGUCAUCAGUUGCACUUAGCUGGUUCUUUUGGUUGUGUAUCCAAAACCCUAGAGUUGAAGAGAAGAUCCUCAAUGAAAUCUGCACCGUUCUGAUUGAGACACGUGGUGAUGAUACAACGAAAUGGACGGAUGAACCCUUGGGGUUUGAGGAGAAUGACCGUCUGGUCUACUUGAAAGCAGCAUUGUCCGAGACCCUCCGGCUAUAUCCUUCCGUCCCCGAGGAUUCGAAACACGUAGCUGUCGACGACGUGUUACCUGACGGCACAUUUGUCCCAGCAGGCUCGGCGGUCACUUAUUCGAUAUACUCGACCGGCCGGAUGGAGUCAACAUGGGGUGAAGAUUGUCUAGAGUUCAAACCAGAGAGGUGGUUAUCAAAAGAUGAGAAGCAAUUUGAAGCCAAGGAUCAAUUCAGAUUUGUGUCUUUCAAUGCUGGUCCAAGAAUUUGCUUAGGGAAAGAUUUGGCUUAUUUACAGAUGAAAUCUGUUGCUGCAGCUGUAUUAUUACGACACAAGCUCACAAUAGCAGAAGGGCAUAAAGUGGAACAGAAAAUGUCAUUGACUUUGUUCAUGAAAUAUGGACUGAAAGUCAAUGUGCAUCACAGAGAUCUGACAGAUGUCCCAGCACAACUACGUGGAAAGGUGUGUUUGUGAUUUGCAUAGUAGAGACGUUCUUAUCAGCUGCUGUUCAAUGUUAAUGGUUAUAGUAAAUGGUGUUGGGGGUAUUGGUUUAAUAGGUUUAUUAACAGGGUUUUGAUAUAUAUAAGAUGAAUUCAAGGAGUUUGCUAGAAUAAUUACACGUAAAGAGAAAGGGCUGAAGCUCGAGGCCAAUUAGAGUUCUAAUAAUUCUACGUAUACCCUAAGUCCUUACUUCUUUCGUAUACAUCAAUGUUCCUGUUUUGUUGGUUCUCCUGAAACAGCAAUUUAUAGAUUUCUUAUUGGUAUAAUUUAUUUUUUCGAAGAUAAUUAUUGGAAUAAUUAUGAUUCAGUCAGUUUAAUUAACAGAUUCCUAUUUUUCU